GGUCUAUCAUUCCACAUGGCAAAAGUCUCCGCCUUAGACUGUUCUCGAUGCUGCAAGGACCCUGGAUUUGGGAAGCUUUGCUCCGGGGUUCGGAUUUUGACGUCAGCCACACGUGUGGAAUAUAAUACAUGUAUGUUGCCGCCUGUCAGAUGGCCAGGGGUCAUUCGAUCAAGCGUUUGAUGAUAUGCCUGCACAUAUCAUAGCUACGACACGACUCAAUUCAAAGCAAAGCUGAUGUGCAUUUGGAGGGGAGGAUUUACCCCGGGCUGAGCGGGGGGUUAGGGGUUCAUCGCGGUUGAAAGCAACUGCUGCUGAGCUUCAAAAGGAAGAGACUUCGCGCGCGUGCAAAGCAUAUUUUGUAUUCUUCUCUCAGUUCUGCGUACAAGUCUCUGUCUCGUUCCGACAAGAUGUCUGCCAACCAAAACAAAGCAAGCGUUCACCCCCUGAGGGCCACUGCCGAGGCCAUUGCCGGAGGCACCCAAGGAGAGUAUCGUGCUCCUCGCAUGAGCCACAUGCAGAGUGCCAACGAGGGCCCUGCCGACAUUAUAUCCAAGGUCUCUGGCGCCUCCAAAGGCGGCAAGAGGGUGGACGAUGGUGCAUACUUCACCAACAACGAGGGCCAUCCUUUCCCGGACCCAGCACACAGUAAGACUAUAGGUGGCAUACCCGUCGCGAGCGACGUGCACCUGUUUCAGAAGCAGCAGACCUUCAACCGCUCCAAGAACCUCGAGCGAAUGGUACAUCCUUGUGGUUCUGGCGCAUUUGGGUUCUUUGAGUGCACCGACGACGUGACCGAGUUGACGAAAGCGAACUUCCUCUCGACUGUUGGGGAGAAGACACCCGCCUUUGUACGCUUCUCCACGGUGACCCUUGGACGCGAGUUCCCCGACGAGGCCCGCAACCCGCGUGGGUUUGCCAUCAAGCUGUACACUGGCGAAGGCAACUAUGACAUUGUUGGGUUGAACUUUCCCGUCUUCUUCUGCCGUGAUCCUAUCCAAGGUCCGGAUGUCAUUCGGUCUCAGGCCCGCAACCCGGACAACUUCCUGCUGGACCAUGACGCCCUGUUUGACCUCCUCGCUAAUACUCCCGAGGGAAACCACGCCGGUCUCAUGUUCUUCAGUGACCACGGUACACCGCAGGGCUGGAGGUUCAACCAUGGCUACGGCUGCCACACGUUCAAGUGGGUGAAUGCAGAGGGCCGCUUCGUCUACAUCAAGUACCACUUCAUCGCCAAGCACGGUCAAAAACAGUUCACCGACAGCGAGGCCAUGCAGAUGUGUGGCGAAGACCCAGACUACUCCAAGCGAGACCUGUGGCAGGCCAUCGAGAAAGGCGAGGAGAUUGAAUGGACGGCACACGUUCAAGUCAUGGAUCCCAACGAAGCGGACCCGGACUCACUGGGCUUCGACCCCUUUGACGUGACCAAAGUCUGGCCCAGGAAGCAGUUCCCCAUGCGCAAGUUUGGCCGUCUCGUCCUGAACAAGAACCCCGAGAACUUCCACCGCGAUGUCGAGCAGGCUGCGUUCUCGCCUGGCAGCAUGGUACCCGGCAUCGAGGACUCUCCCGACCCGCUGCUGCAGUUCCGCAUGUUCUUCUACCGCGACGCGCAGUACCACCGCAUCGGUGUCAAUCUCCACCAGGUGCCGGUCAACUGCCCCUUUAUGGCCAAGUCGUACGCGUCACUCAACUUUGAUGGGCAGAUGCGUGUCGACGCCAACCACGCGGGCAACAAGCAAUAUGUGCCCAACAGCUUUGCCCACAAGUUCCGACCUGAUGCGGCCGAGGCUCCGUAUGCCGUGAACGAUAACAUUGUCAGCCGCAAGAGUCACUACUGGCACGAGGGCAAGAAGAGCGACUACGCGCAGGCGACGGAGCUCUGGACGAGGGUCAUGUCCGAGCAGGAGAAGAAGAACACGUGCUACAACACGGUCAAGGGCCUGCGCAAGGUUCAGUUCCCCGAGAUCCAGUACAAGUACCUUGCGCAGAUCUACAAUAUCGCACCAGACUAUGCGCGAGGCGUCUACGAUGGCCUGACGGACCCGCAGUUUGGCUUUGACAAGGUAGAGGAGAUGGCCAAGACGGCGCACGUCUGGUACAAGGAGAAGAAGUUCCAGCCGUCGACUGAGAACAAGCUGGUGGGCAAGGUGCCAUCGAUGCCCGUGUACAAUAUCUGAGUGGUCGGUCUGGUCACUGGUGGUUCAGAAUGGACGUUAUCGGGAGCUCUAGUUUGUCGUGUGUAUCCGAAUUGGCAUCUCCUGUGCGCCUUCUCGUUAGACUGUCACCC